AGCCAUCUCUUCUCAUACUCAACCAAUAGUCUUUUUUCCCCUCGUUUCUACGAACCAUGAAGGUCCUUCUAAAAGUCGCUACUGUCCUUACGUUUGCUUCAAGCGCCAUGGCCGGUCAGUGCUCCAACCACAACAAAGGAGCACACAAGGUGGAUUGCGUCAGCAAGAGCGAGAUAACUCAGCACGGGGAUGACUUUUGUGCCGCUCACUGGGAAGACGUAUCCGGCUCUUGGUCGAAUUUUGCAGACAGCAGCGGACACACCGCAAACAUCGGAAUGAUAGGAUCGUUCUCCUCCAAGGCAGCUUGCAAGUCGGCCUAUGCGGAAAUAGUUGAUAGCUGCUAUAAUGGCUGGGAUGGGGGCGGCUGGUCGGCGUACGGGACUUUGCUGCAUAUCAAUUUUUGCAAGUGGGGAUCGGACGAUAAACAAGAGUUGUGAAGGGUGUAUGCAAAGUUCUCUGCUGUAUUUGGUAGUUUUGGGUGCACCCCGUGUUAGUUUAUGCGAGCCUUGCAGAAGGUGAGCCUAACUAGCUGAAUACAAGUCUCUGGAUUGAGGCCAAUAUGUUCAUAAAAACUCCUGCUCUCAUACAAAACGAAUCAUAC